AUGUAUAGAGCUCCUAAAAGCAUAUUAAUGACCAAAUAUGAUUGGUUUUAUUCUCCAAACACAGUGGCUAUUGAAAAUACUGCGAAUACCCCAAUUUCUAAAGAAGUGUUACAGCAACCGCCUGCUAGUUUUCAGGACAAAGGAGCAAAAGAGCAGUGGAGCGAUGAACUCAAAGAGUACGUCCAGCGAGCUUUCUGCAGCAUUGAUACAAGUGAGGAAAAAGAUCAAAUGGAACGGAUUUUAAAAGAAAAAUUGGAGUACGUUUUUAGAAAUAACAUCAAGGUCGAUUGGAAGACAGAAAAUAUCCCAACUAUCCCUAGUCGUGCGAUUGCUAGUUUCCGUAAAUCCUUUAAUAUCAGGGGUAAUUCUGUCAAUGUCGUGCGACCUGUUCAACUUCCCAGUCCUCGUGGACUUCGCCCAACGGGUCCAUCAAGGGAGCUCCUCGCACGUCUUCCUGUUGGGCUUUUGUCGAGAGGUGGCUGCAAUGUGUUUUCGUCUUCAGUUGUUAAGAGUAUAUCACCAUCCAAAAAGUUGCCAUCGAAAUCUCGCUCACCUAGUCGUUCUCCUGUUUCCAAACCUCUAAAAGAUUGGCAGAGAAAGCGUUUAUAUAGAUCCAGGUCUAGUUCAUCUUCAAAAUCACGUGGCUCCCCUCAUUCUUCAUCCUCAAGUAGUUUCAGGACAAAACGCCAUCGGCGUCGGGAUUCUCGGUCGCGCUCUGGUUCUCGGCAUGCACAGAGAAAACGAAUGAUCCACCAGGGUAAUUCCAAAGGUAGACGGCGGAGACGUGGUGGUGCUUCGAACGCCGACACAAGUACGGACGCAAAUACCUCUAAUGAAGAUGGGACAGCUGUAAGGGGUCGUGGACGUGGCAGCUGGCGUGGUAAACGUGGAAAUAUUUCAAAGCAUACUCCUCCAAGUGAAUCUCGCCUUACACAACGAGCCAGUAGAUUUAAAGAUCAUCUAGUGCAGUCACCUAUUGGAUCAGGUUCCAUUGGACGAACCACCAGUCAGUUGCUUUCGAAUUACACUGACGAACGUAAUGAUCUAGCUGUUGAUUUUGGUAGCUGUCAAAUCAUUGGUACCAUGCAAGAAAUAGAAAAACAAUACUUAAGACUGACUCGAGCCCCAGAUCCUACAGAAGUGCGACCCUUAGCAAUUUUAAAGCUUUCUUUGGAGCACGUCAAAGAAAAGUGGCGUUCAAAUACCGAUUAUCACUGGGUGUGUGAGCAGUUCAAAAGUAUACGUCAAGACUUAACUGUACAAGGUAUCGAAGAUGAUUUUGCAGUAUCAGUUUAUGAAGCACAUGCAGAUGUAGCCUUAGAAGCUGGUGAUUUUGAAGAAUUUCAUCAAUGUCAAAGUCAGUUGCUUCGUCUCCAUAAAGAAGGCUUAGGUGUUAGUAGACUGCUAGAAUUUACUGCCUACAGACUUCUUUAUUACAUCUUCACUCUCGAUAUUUUAGGUAUCAAUACUAUCAUGGCUGGUUUACGUCCAACUCACAAAACUAAUCCAUGUGUUUCAUUUGCUUUAAAACUCCGGUCAGCCUGGUCGUUGAGUAAUUAUCACCGUUUCUUCAAACUUCUUUGUCCAGCUAAUGAUGAUCAACAACCUCCUUUACGGUGCAAACAUGUUGUAAACUGGUUUGUUGAUCGUGAAAGAAAAGAGGCUAUCAGACUAAUGUUUAAGGUGUACGUUGUGUUGUGA